UCAAAUUGUCAUAAUAGUAAAUCAUUGUGCGAGCAGAAAAAAAAUGAACAAGAAAAAAUAAUUUGAUAUUGUUGUUAUAAUUAAAAUUUCAUUUAAAAAUAUCUUAAAAAUGGAAAAUGCAGAAUCUGGAUCAAAAGUAAGAACACCUCCAAUACCAAAACCGAGAAGAUUAUUGAAAAAAUCCCAAUACGAAAAUGUAGUUAUUCCUGAAGACGGUGGAAAAAAUGAUAAAAUAAUUCUUUGCUCUUCUGAAUCAGCUACUAAAGAUAGUGAAGAGAACUUGAAAAUGGGUAACCAAACUGUUGAGAAAAUGCCUGGUCCUGAUAGGAGUAAAAUUACAGAAACAACAGAAUUAUAUGCCAAUAUAAAAAAGCCUAAAAAAGUAUGUAAAGAUGAAUUUAUAAAAACAGAGGCAGAUAGUAGCAACAACAAUUUGGUUAUUGUACAAACUCCUUUCAAUUGUGAAGCAAUCGAUGACUUAGCAAAUAAAGAUUAUGACAGUGUUUUUAUUACACAGAAAAAUGGAAAAUCAAAUAAUACAGUAAAUAUGUCUGUAAAUAGCAUCAGUUCUGUAACUAGUAGAGCAAGUACACCAGAGCCAUUUUAUGUAAAUCAAGAUCAGGUUUUUGGAAAUUUUGAGUUCAUGAAUAUCACUUGUAAUAUCGAUAAAAACUUCAAUUCACCUUUGCAUCGUGAGGUGUUGUAUGAAUUUGACCCAUUAAUGAGACAGCGCAAUUCAACAAGAAACGAUGUGAGCAAUCAACUUUUACUUUUGGAGAGUCUUUUAGAAGACGGCGUUUACAAUAAUGUCUUUGAUGGAUUAAAUUUAACUCUAGAAUCGGACGAAUUAUCUGAUGAAGAUAAUUUAGGACACGAAAAAUUUCUUCCACCAAUCCCAACAAGAUUUGAUUCUUUAGAUUCAAAUUUAAACGAGAAGCCUUCCGUACAUGUAGGUGGUAGGGAUAAUAUGGUAAAUUUAAAUGUACCUCUCAAGAAAAUAGAGAAGCAAAACGAUGUUGGAACAGAUUUGAAAACGCUUUCGAAUGAAAAAGAUAUAAUUCAAUCAAAAAAAACUCAAACUAGUUGGUAUUUAAACGAAGAAGCUUUGCCAGAUAGUCAAUCAGAAGAAAUGCCACCACCGUAUUCUCCAAAUGUGCCUAAAAAUUCGAUUCAAAAAUAUGUUUCAAGUUUAAACGAUAUAAACUUUAAUAUUAAUGGAAGGACUGAAAUAAAUAAAAUGUUUUCUAAUUUUCGCAAUAAAAUCAGUGUCUUAAAAAGGAAAUCGAGUAUAAAAAGUACUCGUUCUACUACUGAAACCGAAAAAAAAUUUGAAAUUAUUCCAAGACCGAAAUUAACAGAUAUGAUGGUACGUCAUGAAGGUUUUCUAAUUAAAUUUCCUUCAGGGGCAAUAGAAGAUAUUUUCAAAGAAAUGCAAAAUCGUAAAGCUAUAAUGUCAGAUUACAAAUUUUUAGCCUAUCAGGAAUCUGAGCUUAAAAAUUUGAAAGAAAAGAUUUGUUUAAAUGAGGUUUCGACCAUACAAUGUGUUAGUAAUAGUAAAAUAACGGAAAACUCGACUCAUUACUAUUGCUUUGAAAUAACGACGGUUACACCCAAAAUAUUUACUCAGCAGAAACUUCUGAACUCAAGUAACAAUUGUAACGAUUUACGAAGUGGAAACUUUAAAGCACAAAGGUUAACGCAUUUAUAUGGUAUUAGCAAAGAAUCUGAACGUGAUUUGUGGAUGCAAAAAUUGUUACAAAGUUUAACCAAUGUUUUUCCUACCAGUUGCACAUGUCAAUUUUAUCGAGCUGGUUGGUGUUAUUUAAAAAAGUCUAUCACUGCAGAAUGGAGCGGGGCUUGGAUUUUACUAACCAAAAGAAAACGGAAACUAGCCUUUUUUACAGAAAAUGACCUAUGCUUGGAAAAACUUGACUUACGGAAAGCUCGCUGUAUUGUUAUUAAGGACUUUGAUAACUCCAUCGAGAAUUUGUGCAUUGAAAAAGGACCAAUCUUAAUGAUCGAUUGUCCGCCUUUUUCAUUAUAUUUUAUAAUGAGUUGCCCAAGGGAAACAAAAAUAUGGAAACAUAUUAUAUGUGAGGUGGCUUGUAAUAAUGGGCCUGGACUUGAAGAACAGCAAUUAACUAAACAUAAUAUUCCUGUUAUAAUUGACAAAUGCAUUAAUUUUAUAUAUAUCCACGGUUCAAUGGUAGAAGGAAUAUAUAGAAAAUCUGGUUCUGAGAAUGCCGUACAAAAACUAAUUUACAACUUUCGUUUAAAUGCAUUUGGAGUUGAAAUAACUAAAGCUGAAUACAAUGAGCAUGAUGUUGCAAACGUUCUUAAAAGAUUUAUGAGAAAUUUACCACAAAAAUUACUUGGAAAAUAUAGCGAAAGUUUUGUAAGUGUAUCACAGUUGGAUUCGCUUAACGAUAAAAUAACAUCCUAUAAGGAAUUGUUGAGCCGCUUGUCUUCAAUCGAAUUUAUGACAGUAAAAAAAUUGAUUAAUCAUUUAUCAUUUAUUGAAUCACAGUGUGCUUACAACAAAAUGACCUUGGAAAAUUUAGCAGUUGUAUGGGGGCCAACUUUGCUGCAGACAAAGAGAGGAAAUGAAGAUUUAGAAUACAACCAACAGGAGGCGGAAGUUGUUAUGGAUUUAAUUUUAAAUUUUAAAAAACUAUUUCCGUUGACGAAAGAUGAACUUGAUAAAGAAAAAUCAAUGCUGCAUUACCUUAAAAAAUAUUAUGCUGCUUCUGAAACAUUAAAUGAUUUAUCAGGUAAACAAUCUGGUGACUUGAAAGUUUGGGUUAUUCUGAAACUGAAUUCUUCGAAUGAAAAGUCUGAAGAAGAAUCAAAUAAUAUAUGCGUCAUAUUACAACCUGGGAAAACAGCAAUUGAUGUUUGUAAAGAAAUCGCGGCCAAAAUAAAUAAGCCAUAUAGAGAAUUAUCUCUUUUUGAGGUAAUUUUUAAUGGUUGUUUAGAGAGACCAUUGAAUGAUGACGAAAAGUUAUUUCAAAUUGUACUCAGAUGGUCAUAUUGGUCUGAGGAACAGAGAAGGGACAAUGCUUUAGUAAUAAAAUCAUCAAAAUAUUUACUAAAAAUGAAUAGAACGUUAGAUAUAAUGAAAAAUUAUUCUUUAAAUAAGGCUAUAUUUUAUGCAGAUAAUAAAACAAAAACUUUUAAACCUUACGAAGCUGAACUAAAAGAAACUCAAUUCUGUUUCAAAAAGGUUGCCAAAAAUGGAAAAACUCACAAAUAUUUGAAUUUGCAAGAUUAUUUAAUAUAUUUAGGAUCAGAAAGAAAAAUUUCAUAUAAUUGGGCAAUAACACUUAUUGAGAAUUAUCAAAAUUUAAGUUUGAAAAACCCAGAAACAAGCUUUAUUGGGCAUGUCAUUGCGGGACACAAUAAAGAUGAUCAAAUAGUUUUUUUUUCGCAUAUGUGGAAAAAUAUUUAUGGUGAUAUUAAAAUAUCAUGAUUAUUUCUGAACAAUUUUAACAAUUUAAAAUUAGUAAAAAUUUUAUUACGUAUUAAUGCAUUAAACAUUUAUAACACAUGUUACAUACUUAAUUUUUAAAUGUUGUAUUUGAUAAUUAUAUAGGCAAUAUUUUGUAUGAAUUAUUUUAUCAUACAAAAAUAUUUAAUAAACUUUUACUUUUUAUUUUUUUAAG